CUUUUCAGUGUUUGAUAAUGUUCCAAAAAACUAGACUUUUAUAAACCUACUUCUUUAAAUCAAAUUAAAGCUAAUACAAUGUACUCUUUGAUGAAAAAAAAACUACAAAAUCUUGAUUUCUAGGUGCUGCUGUCCUAUUGAGCAUUAAAACCAAAAAUGUUUUCAUGAAAAUAAGAAAAUUAUUGUUGCUCACAACUGCCAAAAGUCUUGGAGAAUCAGUGAGGCGUAUUAUGACAAAAAUGUUUCAUGAUUCAGUAUUAGUUCAAUUCUCAACUUAUGGUUUUAAAAAGAAACAAAGAUUUGCUGAUUUACUAUCAUAUCAUUUGAUAAAAGAUAUAAUAAGGACUAAUGUCAAGUAUGAAAUGGUUCCUGAAAAAGAAAUUGACUGUGAAAUUAGUGUGUGGUUAGCUCAUGCAAGUUUCCAAAUAAUAAAUCGUGAAAAAAGAUCAGCCAAAUAAUACUAAAAAAAUUUUAAGUAGUUUUAUAUUCCGUUCUUGAAUUAUUUACAUUAUAAAAUAAAGAAUUAUGUUUCAUUUUUAAUAAUUUAAACCAAUUAAAAUUUUUUUUUUUUAAUUAUGAAUGUGUUAAGAUUUUAAUUUGAAUUGUUUAAAAUCAAUUAUUUUAAUGUUGCUUUCUUAAUGAAUAUGUUAAGAUUAUUAAUUUUAGCCAUUUAAAACCAAUUAUUAUGUUUUUAAAUUUAUAAAUAUGCUGUACCGCAUUAUUAUGAGGUUGUUUUAAAACUAAUACAGUUUAAUGAUU